UGAUAGCAACAGUCCCGUUUGUUGUUCCGCACAUCACCACACUACUAGAAGAUGCUCGACGCAGUGAUGGACGCCCUGCAGGGCUUCGGGGUGAGCAGCACCCACUACCUGCAGACCAACUACAAAGACGCCCAGGGCUUGUUUCUGUGGGUUUCCUGGGCGGCCGACCUCAGGAACACCUUCUUCAUCUUCUUCCCGCUGUGGUUCCACCUCCGGGCUUCGGUGGGCAUCAAGCUCAUCUGGGUGGCCGUGAUCGGAGACUGGCUCAACCUGGUGUUCAAAUGGAUCCUGUUUGGAGAAAGACCCUACUGGUGGGUUCAUGAGACGCCUUAUUAUGCAAACAGCAUUCGCCCUCACAUCGAGCAGUAUCCAAUGACCUGUGAAACCGGACCAGGAAGCCCCUCUGGUCAUGCUAUGGGAGCUGCAGGCGUCUACUACACCCUGGUCACCUCCAUCCUCGCAUUAAUGAUCAGCAAGAAGAAGCAUGGAGCCAAGAAGCCCUCCAACAAAGAAUGGUACCUGAAGGCCGUUCUCUGGACUCUGUUUUGUGGAGUUCAGGUCAACGUCUGUCUGUCCAGAGUUUUCAUCGCCGCCCAUUUCCCUCACCAGGUCGUAGCCGGAGUCAUCACAGGUAUGAUCGUGGCCGAGGCCUUCAACAGAACCCAGUGGAUCUACAGUGCCAGCAUGAGGAAGUACUUCUACACCGUCCUCUUCCUCACCUCCUUUGCUGUGGGCUUCUACCUGCUGCUCAGGUUUCUGGGCGUUGACCUGCUGUGGACGCUGGAGAAGGCCCAGAAGUGGUGCAUCCGUCCGGAGUGGGUCCUCCUGGACUCGACACCGUUCGCCAGCCUGCUGAGGAACAUGGGGACGCUGUUCGGACUCGGACUGGGCCUCCACUCGCCGCUCUACACCGAGACCAAGAAGAGCAGCAGCGGAGCGAUGAAGGCCGGAUAUGUCAUCAGCUCUCUGGUUCUGCUGCAUCUCUUCGACUCGUUCAAACCUCCGACCCACACCGCUGCCCUCUUCUACCUGCUGUCCUUCUGUAAGAGCGCCACGGUUCCUCUGAUGACUGUCAGCAUCAUCCCCUACUGCCUGAACACAGCGCUGGGCCUCCACAGCAAGAAGGGAGUCUGAGCUCCUCAACACAAAGACUGAAAAAACAAGAACUCUUUCCUCUGGUGCUCUACCAGCUGCUCUCCAGGAAAACGAAAAAAAACCUCCAGAUUU